AUGUCCGCGCCCAACAACCCCUCGGGCCCAGAGUCGCAGACUCCCCCGCAAAACAACGAAAUGUUCGAACUCAACGAGAAGAAGGAUUACGAUACCUCCAACGCUCCCGUAUCCGACGAUGAACACAAGGAAAUUGGUGUUGGCAGAGUUGAGGCCUUUAACAAGGUCCUCUACCAGUCUGGCAAGAAGGGCAAGAUCUUGCUCUGGUUGCUGGGUGUCUCAAUUGGCUUGACCAUGUUCGCCUACGCGCUGGACAUGGGCAUCACCACCACCAUUUUCGGUACACUGGCUGCUUCUACCUUUGGUGUGCACAGUCAGCUUGGUACCGUCAACACAGCUGGUCAAAUUAUUCGUGCUAUUAGCAAGCCUUUCAUUGGAAAGUUGUCGGAUAUCACAUCGCGACCGACGACAUAUGUUGUCGUGCUUGUCUUUUACGCUGUAGGCUUUGCUGUCGCUGCGAGCGCUAAUGGCUUUACCUCGUAUGUCAUCGGUAUCUGCUUCACCUCCGUUGGCAAGUCUGGUCUCGAUCUUCUCAGCGAUAUCAUCGUCGCUGAUUUGACACCCUUGGAAUGGCGUGGUUUCUUCGGCGCAUGUCUCUCUCUGCCAUUCAUCGUCACUGUUCCUGUGAAUGGCUUCAUUGCCGAGGGCUUCUACGACAACUGGCGAUGGGGUCUUGGCAUGUUCUCCAUCAUCGUCCCUGCUCUUCUCCUUCCUGCUAUCUUCACUCUCUACACGAUGCAGCGUCGUGGCGAGAAGGCCGGUAUGGUCACCAUGGCCGACUCCAAGGAUGUGCGAACUGGUCGCUCUGAGGCUACGCCCAAGAACCUGACCUACUGGGCUAAGCUUGCUUACCGUGGUCUGAUCGACGUUGACAUCGUCGGUCUCAUUCUUCUUGGUUUCGCCUUUUCCCUCAUUCUCCUGCCAAUCACCCUGGCUAAGAGCGCCAAGGGUGGAUGGAACAACCCCAACAUGAUCGCUAUGAUUGUCGUGGGCUUCGUUAUUCUCAUUCUGUUCGGUCUCUACGAAUACUAUCUGGCUCCCAAGCCCAUGAUGACCAAGCGCAUUCUCAAGAACAGAGCUUUCAUCGCUGGUGUUAUCAUCCACAUCUUCAACCAGAUGGCUUCCUCCGUUCGUAACACUUACUUCUCAUCGUACAUCCUCAUCAUCAAGGAGUGGACAACCUACCAGUGGACAAUCUUCCUUGGUAUCACCACCAUGGGUCUCUGCCUGGUCGGUCCCAUCGUCGGUCUUAUCCACCGUGUAUCUCAUCGCUACAAGGGUCUCAUGAUCUUCGGUGCCGCAGCCAGGAUUCUUGGUUACGGUCUUCUCAUCAGCCCCAACGGUAUGAUGACUGAGGACACUGCUCGCCUCGUAGCAGCUCAGCUCAUCUUCUGUCUUUCAUCCCUCAACGUCGUUGGUGUCCGAGUUGGUGUCCAGGCUUCCGUUCCUCACGACGAUGUCGCCUCGCUCAUUUCUAUUAUCACUCUGUGGUCUACUCUUGGCUCUAGUAUCGGUAGCGCCCUCGCCACCAGCAUUUGGACCGAGCAGAUGGUUGACCAGAUGCACGUUGAGAUGCCCAACGUCGAUGAUACGACUAUUGCCACAAUCUACGGCAACAUCAAGACCCUCAAGACUUAUGACUUCUUCGAUCCUAUCCGCCAAGGGUCCAUCCGAGCUUACUCUAUUGUCAACGGUCACAUCACCAUCCUUGCCAUUGUCCUGUCAUGUAUUCCUCUCAUCGCCUCUUUGUUCAUGCCCAACUUCUAUCUUGGCAAGCAGCAGAAUGCUGUUAACAACAAGGGUCUCGAUGGCGAAGUUGUGGAUAUUCCUCAGAACAGUACUGCGGCCGAGAACACUACUGAGGCCAAGCCUGCUACUUUCACGCAGAAGCUAGCUGCUUUGUACCGCAAGUAG